AUGGAUCAGCCCGGCGAUCAACCAGACGGCGGCGUGUCCGCUGAAGACGCUGAAUCACAAGCUGUGAUUCUGGCUGAUGUCGGUAAAGUAGAAGAUUUUAUAUGCCGAACCGUCAGCUUACUAUUGGAAGACGGUCUGGAAAAAUUAGCACCAUUAAAGAAAGUCUUAUCCGAAGAUCAAAGUAGAGAUCAGUUGAAAAAAUUUAUUAGUGAUGUCCAAGUGACUUCAUUUUUUGUACAACGUACAUUGCUCAAGGAAGAGAUCAUUGAAGAAGGCGAUGAGGCUGCACCAACGGAGGAAUCCAAUUUAACCGUUGAAGACAACAUAGUUUAUUCUGUCUCCAUAGUCGUUCAAUAUAGCAGUACUAAAGUUUCUAGUGUAGUAUUUAUCAAGCGUGGUGCUGUCAUUGAAGAUGAUAAAACAGUUUCUUCUCAAUUACGUAUUAUCGACUUUAGCGACGGCUCUUUAUUUGAGACACUUCAUUCGCUGAUGAGUAACGCUAUGUCGCCUUACUUUAAAUCGUAUGUUCGCUCUGUUGGUAGUGGAAAUCGGGAAGCGUCCGGAGAUAAAGUGUUACCGUCAGUAGAGAAGAAAAUGGCAGAGUUGGAAAUGGGAUUUCUUAAUUUGCAGCAAAAUAUCGAUAUUCCGGAGGUCAAUUUAAUAAUUAACCCAUCAGUACUUAGCGUAAUGAAAAAGUGUUCCGAAGAAGAUCGGAAACCGCAAGUAGCUGACUUUGGGGCUAAAGUACAAGAUUCUAGUUUUUUAAACGCUCUACAAAACGGUGUCAAUCGCUGGAUUAAAGAAAUUCAAAAGGUAACAAAACUAGAUCGCGAUCCUGCUUCUGGCACUGCCUUGCAGGAAAUUAGCUUUUGGCUAAAUCUUGAGCGUGCUCUACAGCGAAUUCAGGAGAAGCGAGAAAGCACCGAAAUUACCUUAACUCUAGAUAUUUUGAAACAUGGCAAACGAUUUCAUGCUACCGUUAGUUUUGACACUGACACAGGUCUUAAGCAAGCUGUUUCUCAGGUUAAUGAUUACAUUACUUUGAUGAAAGACUUUCCUUUGAAUGAUCUCUUAUCCGUUUCCGAACUCGACCGUAUGAGCCCAGCUUUAGGCUCUAUAUUUGCGCAUUUAAGAAAGAUACGUAGUACCAAAUAUCCCGUUCAGCGUGCUCUUCGAUUAGUCGAAGCUAUCUCUCGUGAUUUGAGCAAUCAAGUUUUAAAGAUUCUUAGCACCCGUCGUUUAAUGCAUAUGAACAUCGAUGAAUUUGAAAAGGUCAUGACUACUUGCUUCGAAAUAUUUGUUACCUGGGAUGAUGAAUACGAUAAGCUCCAAUCACUUUUGAGAGAUAUUGUAAAGAAGAAGAGAGAAGAGAGUCUUAAAAUGGUUUGGAGGACUAAUCCCGCUCAUAAGCGAUUGCAAUCGCGAUUGGAUCACAUGAGAAAGUUUAGACAUCAACAUGAGCAGUUACGUGUUGUUAUCAUACGCGUUCUAAAACCUGUUGGUGCUUCUUCAGCUAGUCUUGAAACAGUUAAAGUUCAUGGUAACACAGCAACAGCAGUAGCUGACGGUACCGAUGGUGAUGAUUCUGAUGCAAUUAUGGAGGUCAAUUUAGCUUACGAGAGUGUCAAAGAAAUUGAUUGUCUAGACGUAUCGAAAGAGGGAAAUGAUAACUGGGAAGCAGCCAUCGUUAGAUAUGAUGAGCGAAUUGACCGAGUAGAAACUAGAAUUGCCACAAGAUUAAGAGAUCAGCUCGGUACUGCCAAGAAUGCGAACGAAAUGUUCCGUAUUUUCUCUCGAUUUAAUGCACUAUUUGUAAGGCCUCAUAUUCGUGGUGCAAUACGUGAAUACCAAACGCAGCUAAUUCAACGUGUCAAGGACGAUAUCGAAUUUUUGCAUGAUAAAUUUAAGAUCCAGUAUGUCCAUAGUAUGGCAUAUCGUAUGAGUAAAGUACGCGAUCUCCCACCUGUGUCUGGAUCUAUUAUUUGGGCCAAACAAAUUGAUCGACAGUUGACAGCUUAUUUAAGACGUGUUGAAGAUGUCCUUGGUAAAGGUUGGGAAAAUCAUGUUGAUGGACAAAAAUUAAAAAGCGAUGGAGAUAAUUUUCGUCAGAAAUUGAAUCCACACGAACUUUUUGAAGACUGGGCCCGUAAAGUUCAAGGCCGCAACCUGGGCGUAUCAGGUAAAAUUUACUCUAUUGAAAGCCAGCGUGCACGAGUUUCUGGAAGACCAAAUUAUUUGAAAUUAAGAGUCAGCUUCUCACCUGAUAUUAUUACGCUAUCAAAGGAAGCACGAAAUCUGAAAGCCCUUGGAUUCCGAGUGCCACUGGCUAUCCUAAAUAAAGCGCAUCAAGCAAAUCAAAUGUAUCCAUUCGCUAUUUCAUUAAUCGAAAGUAUUAAAACAUACGAACAAACUUGCGAUAAGGUGGAUGCUGGCUCAUCAAUUUCCCCACUUGUAGCUGGAUUAAAGAAAGACGUACAAAGUUUAAUUGCUGAAGGUGCUUCACUUGUAUGGGAAUCAUAUAAAUUAGACCCGUACGUACAGCGUCUAGCUGUAGCAUCAUAUCAAUUUCAGGAGAAGGUGGAUGACUUAUUGAUGAUGGAAGAAAGAAUUGAUGCGGAUGUUCGUAGUUUGGAAAAUUGCGAAUAUAACUUGUCAACCUUUGAAAAUAUCCUCGAUAAAAUCCAGAAAGUUGUUGAUGAGUUAAACUUGCACUCCUAUACAAAUUUAUCUAGUUGGGUUUCGAGCUUAGAUAGUAAAGUAGAGAAGGUUCUUGGAAAACGAUUGCAGAUCAGCAUGCAAUUAUGGACUGACUGUUUGAAAGGCAUUGAUUUUAAAGAUGUAGAAAAUAAAACUGAAAUAAAAGUGCAUACUGGUGGCAAACCUGUUUUAAAAGUUUUGGUGCAUGAGAUAAGAAUUAAAAAUCAAGUUUUAUACUUAAAUCCACCUCAUGAAGAAGCUCGUAGUAAUUUACUGAAGCAAUUGCAUAAUUGGUUAUCGGUAGUAUUGUCUCAAUCACGUAUUAAGAGUUCAAGGUACCAAGUUAGUUUUGAUCGUUAUGAAGACUACGAAGAUUAUACAUACAGAGCAAUUCUGGCUAGGUUACCAGAUGGCUCCUCAGUACUUGAAGAUGCUUAUAAUGCAAUAGAAAAAAAAUUAGAUGAGGUGAAGGGUUAUGUUCAUAUAUGGCUACAAUAUCAAUCGCUUUGGGAUAUGGAAGGAGGCUUUGUUUAUGAUCGUCUUGGUAAUGACCUUGGUCUGUGGAUGAGACUUUUGAACGAUAUUAAGAAAGCUCGCGCAACAUUCGAUAAUUCUGAAACCAAGAAAGAUUUCACGUGUAUUGUAAUUGAUUAUGGUCAGGUACAAUCUAAGGUUAACCUUAAAUACGAUUCGUGGCAUAAGGACAUUUUAAGUAAAUUUGGUGGUAAGCUUGGUGGUGAUAUGCAGAGUUUCUUUACCACUAUAACAAAAUCUCGGACAGAAUUAGAAAGUCAUUCUGUUGAAGGUGCAACAACUGCAGAAGCUGUAGGAUUUAUAACAUUUAUGCAAGGAUUAAAGAGAAAAUUAAAAGUUUGGGAAAAACAAGUAGAAACGUACAAGGGUGGUCAGAAACUAUUAGAAAGGCAAAGGUUUCAAUUCCCAACCAGUUGGUUAUACUAUGAUAAUGUCGAAGGAGAAUGGAAUGCAUUUAAUGACAUCUUAAAGAGAAAGGAUGCAGCUAUACAAACACAAGUAGCAGUUUUACAAGAAAAGAUUGUUAGCGAAGAUCGCGUUGUAGAAGCACGUACCAAUGACUUACUUGGAGAAUGGGAAAAAGGAAAGCCAAUUGCUGGUGAUAUUAAACCGGAUGCGGCUUCUGCAAGUCUUGCGAUAUUCGAUGGUAAAUUUGUUCGCUUACGCGAGGAAAGAGAUAAUUUAAAUAAGGCUCGAGAAGCUUUGGAACUUCAUGAACAGACAUCACUUGUAGCUGAAGAUCGCCUUUCUGCAGCUUAUGAAGAAUUGAUGGACUUGAAAGGUGUAUGGGCAGAACUGUCCAAAGUUUGGGAGCAAAUUAAUGAAUUAAAGGAGAAAACGUGGCUCUCGAUACAACCAAGAAAAUUGCGCCAAUCUCUUGAUGGAUUACUCAAUUUAUUAAAGGGUUUACCGUCUCGUUUACGACAGUAUGCUUCUUAUGAAUAUGUUCAAAAUGUGUUGCGUAGUUAUGUCAAGGCUAAUGUAUUAGUGACGGAGCUAAAAUCAGAUUCUUUGAAAGAACGGCAUUGGAAAAUGUUGAUGAAGAGCUUACGAGUAUCUUGGAUAUUAUCUGAAUUAAGCUUAGGGCAAGUAUGGGAUGUCGACUUAUUAAGACAUGAACCUGCAAUUAAAGAUAUUCUUAUCGUUGCCCAAGGUGAAAUGGCCCUGGAAGAAUUUUUAAAGCAGGUCAGAGAUACAUGGCAAUCCUACGAACUUGAUCUUAUCAAUUACCAAAAUAAAUGCCGUAUUAUCCGUGGAUGGGAUGAUUUAUUUAAUAAGUUGAAAGAACAUAUCAACAGUGUCGCAGCAAUGAAGCUAUCUCCUUACUAUAAGGUAUUCGAAGAAGAUGCAUUAGCAUGGGAAGAUAAACUAAAUCGAAUAAAUGCUAUAUUUGAUAUUUGGAUUGAUGUCCAACGACGUUGGGUAUAUUUAGAAGGAAUCUUUUCCGGUUCUGCUGAUAUAAAGCAUCUUUUACCAACUGAAACUUCACGAUUUACCAGCAUAAGCACUGAAUUUCUUGGUUUAAUGAAAAAAGUCGCCAAAUCGCCAUUAGUUUUAGACGUUCUUAGUAUUCAAGGUGUUCAGCGUUCACUGGAACGGUUAGCCGAUCUACUAGGAAAAAUUCAAAAAGCUCUCGGAGAGUAUCUUGAAAGAGAGCGCGCCUCCUUUCCCAGAUUCUAUUUUGUUGGAGAUGAAGAUUUGCUUGAUAUAAUAGGUAAUAGUAAAAAUGUUACGAAGUUGCAAAAGCACUUCAAGAAAAUGUUUGCUGGAGUUGCUGCUUUAAUUAUCAAUGAAGACGAAACAGCUAUAAAAGGAAUCGUAUCCCGUGAAGGAGAAGAGGUUAUGUACUUAAAUCCCGUGAUAUUAAAGGAUAAAAAGAUUAAUGAAUGGCUAACACAAGUUGAAAGUGAGAUGAGAAUGACUCUUGCAAAAUUGUUGGCAAGGGCAGUUAGUGGAAUGCAGUCAUUUAAAAAUGUAUCUAUUCCAACGGAUGACUACCUUAAAUGGAUCGAUUCUUAUCAAGCGCAGCUAGUUACAUUAGCAUCCCAAAUAGCAUGGUCAGAGAACAUCGAAGCAGCUCUUGAAGCUAUGGCAUCAAAACCGGAUGACUCAGAACCUAUAGAAAAUGUAUUAAAGAUAGUAAAAGCUACGUUAGGAGUACUAGCCAACUGUGUACUACAAGAGCAACCUCCUGUUAGACGAAAAAAAAUGGAACACCUUAUUACAGAAUUGGUACAUCAGCGAGAUGUUACUAGAUCUUUAAUGAAUAUUAAAGUUACUAGUGCUAAGGCUUUUGAAUGGUUACAACAAAUGCGUUUUUAUUUUGAUCCUAAUCAGAGCGAAGUGCUUAAGCAAUUAACUAUUCGAAUGGCUAACGCUAGUUUUUACUAUGGAUUCGAAUACCUCGGUGUUUCCGAUAAACUUGUUCAAACUCCACUAACUGAUCGAUGUUAUCUCACUAUGACACAAGCUCUGGAUGGAAAAUACGGUGGCUCACCAUUUGGACCUGCCGGUACUGGCAAAACAGAAUCUGUAAAAGCUCUUGGUAAUCAACUGGGUCGUUUUGUCUUGGUAUUUAACUGUGAUGAAACUUUCGAUUUUCAAGCUAUGGGUCGUAUUUUCGUUGGAUUGUGUCAGGUGGGAGCUUGGGGUUGCUUCGAUGAAUUUAAUCGUCUUGAAGAAAGGAUGUUAUCGGCUGUUUCGCAGCAAAUACAGACAAUCCAAGAAGCUCUAAAGGAGAAAGCUUUAAGGAAAGGUGGUGAUAAAAGCGGCCCGAUACAGGUUGAAUUAAUUGGCAAAAAUGUUAAAGUUAGCGAGGAUAUGGCAAUAUUUAUUACAAUGAAUCCUGGAUAUGCCGGCCGUUCCAACUUACCGGAUAACUUAAAGAAGUUAUUUAGAAAUUUAGCCAUGACGAAACCGGAUCGCCAGUUAAUUGCUCAGGUCAUGCUAUAUUCGCAAGGAUUUAGAACAGCAGAAGUGUUAGCUAGUAAGGUUGUUCCAUUCUUCAGACUUUGUCAGGAACAAUUAUCGGCUCAGUCUCAUUACGAUUUUGGACUACGUGCUUUAAAAUCAGUACUUGUAAGCGCUGGAAACGUUAAACGUGAUCGUAUUCAAUCCAUAAAAGAGGACAUGAAAAAUCGAGGAGAAGAAGUAGAUGAAGGACAAAUUUCCGAAAAUUUACCAGAGCAAGAAAUUUUAAUUCAAAGUAUAUGUGAGACCAUGGUACCAAAGUUAGUUGCUGACGAUAUCCCACUUUUACACAGUUUAUUAUCCGACGUAUUUCCUGGCGUUGCUUAUACUCAGGCGGAAAUGGCUGCUCUAAAGGCAGAAUUGAAAAAAGUUUGUGCUGAAAAUCACUUAGUUUAUGGAGAGGGAGAUGAAAUCGGCGGCAGUUGGGUUGAAAAAGUUCUGCAAUUAUUCCAAAUUUCCAAUUUGAGCCACGGUUUAAUGAUGGUUGGUCCUAGUGGAAGUGGAAAAUCGACUGCUUGGAAGACGCUACUUAAGGCAUUAGAAAGACUAGAGGGAGUUGAAGGUGUUGCCCAUGUUAUUGACCCUAAAGCAAUUAGUAAGGAUGAUCUAUAUGGAUUUUUAGAUCCUAAUACACGAGAAUGGACGGAUGGUUUGUUUACUCACGUCUUAAGAAAGAUCAUAGAUAAUGUACGUGGAGAAAUCGGAAAACGGCAGUGGAUAAUAUUCGAUGGUGAUGUUGAUCCUGAAUGGGUGGAAAAUUUAAAUAGUGUUUUAGAUGAUAACAAACUGUUGACACUUCCUAACGGUGAACGUUUAGGUAUUCCACCAAAUGUACGUAUUAUGUUCGAAGUCCAGGAUCUAAAGUAUGCAACGUUGGCCACUGUUAGUCGUUGUGGUAUGGUUUGGUUUAGUGAAGAUGUUCUUACAUGCGAUAUGAUCUUCCAGAACUUUUUACUGAAAUUGCGCAAUGUAGCUGUUGAUGAAAAUGAAGACGAUAUCCGUAUAGGUACAGGCGCUCAGGAUAAAGAAGAAAUUUCAUCAUGUAUUCAAGUACAACGCGAUUGUGCUGCUAUUAUUGAGCCAUUUUUCACAGCUGAUGGUAUUAUUAUGAAAGCUAUACAUUACGCUGUAAAACUUGAUCACAUUAUGGAAUUUACUAGAUUACGCUGCUUAGGAGCUUUCUUUUCAAUGGUCAACCAAUCAGUAAGAAAUAUACUAUCGUAUAAUCAAUCGCAUCCAGAUUUUCCGCUUCCCAAGGAUCAAAUGGAGCGGUAUAUUCAAGCACAAUUCGUAUAUUCACUAGUUUGGACUUUUUCUGGUGAUUGCAAACUAAAAGCUCGUGGAGAACUUAGUGAUUAUUUACGCAGCAUCACGACCAUACCACUACCACCUGGCAAUAACUCUCUAAUUGAUUACGAAGUCUCAAUUACCGGAGAGUGGCAAUCAUGGCAAUCGAAAGUACCGCAAAUUGAGGUUGAAACGCAUAAAGUUGCCGCUCCUGAUGUUGUAGUACCAACUGUUGAUACAGUGCGUCACGAAUCGUUAUUGUAUACUUGGCUUGCCGAACAUAAACCGUUAGUACUAUGUGGUCCACCCGGGAGUGGUAAAACAAUGACAUUAUUUAGUGCCCUUCGAGCCCUUCCUGAUAUGGAAGUUGUGGGAUUGAAUUUUUCAAGUGCAACUACACCAGAACUUAUGCUGAAAACUUUUGAUCAUUAUUGCGAAUAUAAGAAAACUCCAAAUGGUACUAUAUUAUCCCCUAUACAACUUGGUAGAUGGUUGGUAUUGUUUUGUGAUGAAAUUAACCUGCCAGCGCAGGAUAAAUAUGGUACACAGCGUGUUAUUUCGUUUAUCAGACAAAUGGUUGAACAUAACGGAUUUUACCGAAUUUCUGAUCAUACUUGGGUUACACUUGACCGUAUCCAGUUCGUUGGUGCUUGUAAUCCACCAACAGAUCCGGGUCGUGUACCUAUGUCUCAUCGAUUCCUUCGUCAUGUACCGGUGGUCUACGUUGAUUAUCCAGGACCUGCAUCGUUAUCACAAAUUUAUGGAACAUUUAACCGAGCGAUGUUACGUUUAGUUCCAAACUUGAGAACAUAUGCACAACCUUUGACUGAAGCUAUGGUUGAAUUUUAUACAAUGUCUCAAGAACGUUUUACACCUGAUAUGCAACCACAUUAUAUUUAUAGCCCGCGUGAAAUGACUCGAUGGGUACGUGGUAUAUUGGAAGCAUUAAGGCCAGUAGAGUCAUUAUCUGUUGAAGGCCUAGUACGUGUAUGGGCGCAUGAAGCAUUACGACUUUUCCAGGAUCGAUUAGUAUUUGAUGAAGAGCGAAAAUGGACUGAUGACAACAUUGAUAAUGUUAGUCUGAAGCACUUCCCUGGUAUUGAAAAGGAAGCAGCGCUAGGUAGACCGAUACUAUUUAGCAACUGGUUAUCGAAAGAUUACACUCCGGUUGAUCGUGAAGAACUAAGAGAAUACGUUAAAGCAAGAUUAAAGGUGUUCUAUGAGGAAGAGCUAGAUGUUCCGCUAGUUUUAUUUAACGAAGUUUUAGAUCACGUAUUACGAAUCGAUCGUAUUUUUAAGCAAACUCAAGGCCAUUUGUUAUUUAUUGGAGUAAGUGGCGCAGGUAAGACUACUUUGUCCAGGUUUGUUGCAUGGAUGAAUGGCAUGAGCAUGUAUCAGAUCAAGGUUCACAAUAAGUACACCGGUGACGAUUUCGACGAAGAUUUACGCGUAGUAUUACGACGUGCCGGCACGAAAGAUGAAAAGAUCGUUUUUAUCUUAGAUGAAUCAAAUGUAUUGGAUUCUGGAUUCUUAGAAAGAAUGAAUACACUUUUGGCUAACGGAGAAGUACCCGGUCUCUUUGAAGGAGACGAACAUACAACGUUAAUGACGCAAUGUAAAGAAGGAUCUCAACGAGAUGGUCACAUGCUAGAUUCAAAUGAAGAACUGUAUAAAUGGUUUACGAACCAAGUCUGCCGUAAUUUGCAUGUUGUAUUUACCAUGAAUCCAUCUGAAGACGGUUUAAAGGAUCGAGCAGCUACAUCACCAGCCUUAUUCAACCGCUGCGUGCUUAAUUGGUUUGGUGAUUGGUCUUGGCAUGCUUACUACCAAGUCGGUAGAGAAUUUACGGAUAAAUUAGACUUGGAAAGAUCUGAUUACAUUGCUCCUGAAUAUUUCCCAGUUGCUUACGAAGGAGUGUCGAUACCUCCAACUCAUCGUGAAGCUAUAGUUAACGGUUUUGUUUACGUACAUCAGACUCUUCAUAAAACUAAUGAUCGUGAGAGAAAGAGAGGAAAUAGGACUAUGGCAAUUACUCCACGACAUUAUUUAGAUUUUAUCAAUCAAUAUGUCAAACUUCAUCAUGAAAAACGUGCUGAUUUAGAAGAACAACAGUUGCAUUUAAAUGUCGGUUUACAAAAGAUACGUGAUACGGUUGAUCAAGUAGAAGAACUGCAGAAAAGUUUAGCUAUCAAAAGUCGUGAAUUGGAAGCUAAGAAUGAUGCCGCUAAUCAAAAAUUAAAGCAAAUGGUUAAAGAUCAGCAAGAAGCAGAACAGAAAAAAGUAGAAGCACAAGACGUUCAGGUCCGUGUUGAAACACAGACGAAAGAGAUUGCUGAAAGACGAGAAGUUGUAGAAGAAGAUCUUGCAAAAGUUGAACCGGCUGUGAAAGAUGCUGCCCAGGCUGUUAAAUCAAUCAAAAAGCAACAUUUGGUUGAAGUUCGUUCUAUGGGUAAUCCUCCAGUUAUUGUAAAAAUGGCGUUGGAGUCGAUAUGCUUACUUCUUGGAGAAAAUACUACAGACUGGAAAGCUAUUCGUGGCGUUUUAAUGAAAGACAAUUUUAUUGGGACAAUUGUAAAUUUUACAACUGAAAAUAUGUCUGAUUCUAUUAGAAGGAAAAUGGACAAAUACCUGAAUGAUCCUAAUUAUAAUUUUGAAAAAGUAAAUCGGGCAAGCGCUGCUUGUGGUCCUCUAGUCAAGUGGGCAAUAGCGCAAUGCGGGUAUGCUGAGAUGUUGCAAAAGGUUGAGCCCUUGCGAAAUGAAUUAAGACAAUUAGAAAAACAAGCUAACGUAAAUAAAGCUAAGAAAGAGGAAUUAGAAAAAACUGUUACACAGUUGGAAAAAAGUAUAGCCAUGUAUAAAGAGGAGUACGCAAAAUUGAUAAGUGAAGCUCAAGCUAUAAAAGCUGAUAAAGAAUCGGUUGAAGCAAAAGUGACUCGAAGUCAAGCGCUACUCCGAAGUCUUUCGUCUGAACGCGAACGUUGGGAAUCAACAAGCAAUACAUUUAAGACACAGAUGUCAACUAUAGUCGGUGAUGUAUUACUUUCAGCUGCUUUCAUGGCUUAUGCAGGCUAUUUUGAUCAACAGCUAAGAGAGUAUUUGUGGUCAACAUUAUCUAAUCAUUUGCAUCAGGCUGGUGUUCUCUAUAGAUCAGAUCUAGCAUUGACCGAGUAUCUUUGUACACCUGAUGACCGACUACGAUGGCAAGCGAAUAGUUUACCAGCUGAUGAUCUGUGCAAUGAAAAUGCAAUUAUGUUACAACGAUUUAACCGCUAUCCAUUGAUUAUUGAUCCGUCAGGUCAGGCUACUGCCUUCUUAUUGCAAGAAUUUAAGGAUAAAAAGAUUACAAGGACUAGUUUCUUGGAUGAUGCUUUCAGGAAGAAUCUUGAAAGUGCUCUUAGAUUUGGUAAUCCGUUGCUUGUACAAGAUGUUGAAAGUUAUGAUCCUAUCCUAAAUCCUGUCCUAAAUAAGGAAGUAAGGCGUAAUGCUGGACGUGUUCUUAUUACAAUUGGAGAUCAGGAUAUUGAUUUAUCUCCUGCCUUUACAAUCUUUCUGUCAACAAGAGAUCCUACUGUUGAAUUUCCACCAGAUGUUUGUUCUCGAGUCACAUUUGUAAAUUUCACUGUAACUCAUAGCAGCUUACAGAGUCAAUGCUUAAAUAAAGUAUUGAAGGCAGAGCGACCCGAUAUUGAUGCUAAAAGAUCUGACUUGCUAAAAUUACAAGGAGAAUACAAAUUACGGUUACGACAGCUUGAAAAAUCGUUAUUGCAAGCCUUAAAUGAUUCAAAGGGUAGAAUAUUAGAUGAUGAUAGCGUAAUCACAACUUUGGAAACCCUUAAAAAGGAAGCCGCAGAAAUUUCAAAUAAAGUAGAGGAAACUGAUACGAUCAUGGCUGAGGUUGAAACUGUUUCUAAGCAAUAUAGGCCACUUGCGCUUUCAUGUAGUUCUAUCUACUUUACUAUUGAUCGGCUACAUCAAAUGCACUUCUUGUAUCAGUAUUCACUCCAUUUCUUCUUGGCAAUAUUUGAGAAUGUUUUGUAUGAUAAUAGCCAUUUGAAGGGUAUCACUGGCCAUGCUGAACGAUUGAAGGUUGUUACGGACGAUUUAUUUCAAAUUGUAUACAACAGGGUGGCUCGCGGCAUGCUCCAUGAAGAUCGUAUUGCUUUUGCCAUGCUCUUAGCUCAAAUAUUUGUAAAGGGCAUAUCUGGAUCAGUUAAUUUGGAUGAAGAAUUUAAUCACCUUCUUAGAGGUAACGAGUUUGGACAAGUUGAUCAGCAAGGUAACGAAUUACCUGGCUUAAAUCGUGAACAAUCUAGCGCAAUUCAUAGAAUAUCUAAGCUUCAUGUAUUUAAAGAUGUUGGCAACGAAAUUGUAUCUCAAGGAGAGGACUUUACCAAGUGGUUACAAUCCAAUUCACCAGAGCUUAAUGUACCUAUCUUAUGGAAAGCUCCUACUGAUAAACACAAAUCACCUUUUGUGACUGCAUUAUAUCAACUUCUUCUUAUUGCUUCAUUAAGACCAGACCGUAUAUUAAGAAUGUCAACGUUAUUUGUACAAAAGGCGAUUAAUGAAAAAUUUUUACAAGAGGCAGAUUUAGAAUUAAAUUUAGGCGAAAUUGUCGAUAAAGAAAUUAAACCAUCUACCCCAGUAUUAUUAUGUUCUGUACCUGGAUACGAUGCUAGCAGUAGAGUAGAUGAUCUUGCUGCUGAACAAGGCAAACAAUGUACCAGUAUCGCAAUUGGCUCUGCAGAAGGAUUUACUCUUGCUGACAAAGCUAUAUCUUCAGCAGCUAAAUCCGGUCGAUGGGUUAUGUUGAAGAAUGUUCAUUUAGCUCCACAGUGGCUAGUUCAAUUGGAAAAGAAACUACAUAGCUUAUCGACUCAUACCAAUUUCAGACUUUUUAUGACUCUCGAAAUUAAUCCAAAAGUCCCUGUGAAUUUGCUUCGGGUAUCUCGAAUUUUUGUUUUUGAACCGCCUCCAGGUGUUAAAGCAAACCUGCUGCGUACAUUUAGUACCGUACCCAGUGCCCGUAUGUGUAAAUCACCGAAUGAGAGAGCUAGAAUAUACUUUUUACUUGCAUGGUUUCACGCUAUUGUGCAAGAGCGUUUAAGGUAUUCUCCAUUAGGCUGGUCGAAGAAAUAUGAAUUUAACGAAUCGGAUUUGCGUUGUGGCUGUGAUACGUUAGAUACUUGGUUGGAUUCGGUCUCUCAAGGUCGAUCUAACAUAUCACCAAAUAAAAUUCCUUGGGAUGCCCUAUGCACGCUUUUAUCACAGUCAAUUUAUGGUGGUAAAAUAGACAACGAAUUUGAUCAACGAUUAAUGACUUCAUUUUUAUCAAGAAUUUUUGGUAUUGAUAGCUUUGAUUCCGAGUUUCAGUUAGUAAAGCGCGUUGCCGGCGAAGACAGUGAGCAAAUAUUAGUACCUGAAGGAAUUAGACGAGAACAAUUUUUGCAAUGGAUAGAAAAUUUACCUGAUGCACAGACUCCAUCUUGGCUUGGACUACCGAACAAUGCCGAGAAGGUACUUCUUACCGCCAGAGGAAAUGCAAUGCUCCAGAAGUUGUUAAAAAUGCAAGGUAUGGGCGAGACUGAAGAAUUGGAACCUGCAUCUGGUGAAGAGAAACAAGCGGGCGAUGUACGUCCAGCGUGGAUGCGAACACUUCAUACAACUGCUACGACAUGGUUAGCAGCGGUACCAGAAUCUUUACCAGGGUUAAAGCGUACGGUCGAUAACAUUAAGGAUCCAUUGUUUAGGUUCUUUGAUCGCGAGUGUAAAAUCGGUAUCUCAUUAUUGAGGACUGUUCUUAGAGAUUUGAGAGAUGUAAUUGAUAUAUGUGCAGGUGCAAAAAAAUCAACUAAUCAUCAUCGCAGCAUUAUGAGUGAAUUAACUAGAGGUAUAUUGCCUCGUGGAUGGAGUCGUUAUGUAGUCCCGAGAAAUACUACUGUUAUACAAUGGAUCGCUGACUUUAGUGAGCGUAUUAAACAAUUGCAGAAGAUUGUAUCAGCAACCAAUGCCGAUGGUGCAAAAGCACUGAAAGUACUAUCUGUUGACCUUGGCAGAUUAUUUGUCCCGGAAGCAUUCGUUACAGCAACAAGGCAAUUUGUAGCUCAAGCUAAUAACUGGUCCCUGGAAGAGUUAUUCUUAGAUAUUUACGUUACUAAUAAAGGGGAGAAAAUGACUGCUGACGACUGCAGUUUUGGCGUAACAGGAUUGAAAUUGAUGGGUUCAAAUUGUAGUAACAACAUUCUACAGUUAUCAUCGUCUAUUGCUACAGAUUUACCGUUAUCAUUUUUGAAAUGGAUAAGACGGACUGCAGAUACUAGAGGUACUAACGGUGUUACGUUGCCGGUGUAUCUAAAUCGAACUCGUUCGGAGCUACUCUUCACUCUUGAUUUCGCAAUGAGCGGCGAAGGAUCAGGCAAAAAUCAUAGUUUCUACGAACGCGGUGUGGCUCUUUAUUGCUCAGAUUUAGUUGGUUAA